AUGGCGCAUAUUGCUGCAACGCCAGCGGCUCCCCAUAAAUUUUCUGGCCCCCGAGCACCUCCCCGUUUCUCAGCAAUUCCAAGCUGCUCCUUUUCUUCUUUGCCAAUUUUGGUGGCGAGAGAGCCUAGCACUAGAAAACUGAAACACAAUGAAUACCCUUGCCAGGACAGACACGACCAAAGCAAAACUCCGAGUCCAAAGGCAUGUAGAAGACCAGCAUUCGUAAGGAUCCGCUGUUGGAGCACCUUUGCAGCCACAAACAAUGCGCUAUUUAGUCCCAAUGCGACUCCAACGUUGGUCAACAAUAGUGAUGGAACCAUACUGUUGACAACCGUGGCGGGCUGUUUCAUAUGUCUAGCAGGUGUUCGUCCUCUCGCUCGUUUCGCUUGCGGUCGCACUCCGCACAGUUGUACACGCCUGGACGAUAUUCGGUCAUCCUGCUUCGGCGAAAAGGAUAAGCAGAAAGCCAUUGGCACGGGAUUGGAGAUUAUCUCAUCGAGAACGAGCGAAAAGGGCUCCGCGAGAUAUAUCAACAGCGAUAAUUAA